UCCAUUUGGUUUAUUCAGCCUAGUAAUUUGAUUGGCUUUGGCUGCCUUAAUCCCUUCUUUUGAAUUUUCUAAUGCCGAAAACAAAAACCUAUCAAGAUCAAAAUUUCAACCCAUCGAAUUCAAAUCUAAUCAUGGAUAUUGCAUCAUUUUAAGUUCUAAUUAUUCAAAAAAAAAAAAAAAACCAAUGAUUAUUAUUCUGUCAUGUAAUUCUCCUCCGCUACUGCUGCUCCAGUUUCUAGGGCUUCAAUUUACUUGUGUCGAAGAUCUUCGACAGGCCUUCAGAUUUGCUGCUUCAGUUCAAGUUCUCUUUCCUUUAAUAUUUUCUGUUCGAUAGAUGUCCUAGCAGACUUUCCUUGAUGUUAAACUUCAAUAAUCCCCCAUACACUCUACGAAUUUGUUUCCGAGGAAUCCAUGUGUGUUUAUGAUGCGAUUAGAUUGAUUUCAUGGAAGCAUGAUCGCCUUGACUCAUCGCCAUGCUGGAACUCUGUCAGUUAAAAGAGAGUUGGACACGGUUCUAGGCAGUGUUGGAACAAGUCGCAGUAGUUCCUCAUCAGAUUUAUAAGAAUACAUAAACAAUUUGUAGUUUCUUAUCCUCUUCUAGUUAGUAGUUUCCACUGCAUUGUGUUUCUGUGUUUUGGUUGCUUUCUAGUGCCAAAUAUUCCUUUUGCAGAUUAGAGUGAUUGACUAUUAUGACUUGUUCCUCUACCGAUCAGCCAUCGCAAUUAGAGACGGCAUGUGGAUCUCUUCUAAAUGAGCUUCAGAUUAUAUGGGAUGAGGUUGGUGAGUCUGAUACUGAAAAGGACAAGAUGCUAGUCGAACUAGAGCAGGAGUGCCUCAAGAUUUAUAGAAGUAAGGUCGAUGAGGCUAACCGUUGUAGAGCUCAGUUGCGACGAGCAAUUGCUGACUCUGAAGCAGAGGUUUCAGCCAUCUGUUCUGCAAUGGGUGAGCUACCGGUUCACACUAGACAGCCCGCUCAGAGAGCAGGAAGCUUAAAGGAGGAACUGAAGUCCAUAACACUGCAGCUUGAUGAGAUGAGGAUGAGGAAAGAUGAGAAAUUGAAGAAUUUCCUUCAUGUAAUGGAGCAGCUAAGGUCGAUUUCGAUUGAGAUCAUGCCUAACGAGUGCAGCCCAUCGAAGCUGGUUGUUGAUGAAUCUGAUUUAUCUACAAGAAAGCUUCAAGAAAUGUGCAGUCAUCUUGAGUUACUUCAAGAGCAGAAGAAUGACCAAUUGAAACAAAUUAUGGAUCGUCUGUCCACUCUGAAUUCACUAUGUUCUGUUCUUGGUGCUGAUGUUAAAGAAACACUAAGAAGCAUAGACCCUAGUUUUUAUGAAUCUGAAGCCUCAAAGAGUGUCAGCAACGUCACGAUGGAAAUGCUUGCCCUUACUAUCGGGAGAUUGCGAGAGACUAAACUUGAAAGGAUGCAGAAGGUUCAAGAUCUUGCAUCUACAAUGCUGGAAUUGUGGAAUUUGAUGGACACGCCUAUCGAAGAACAACGACGGUUUCACAAUGUGACUCGCAAUAUUGCUGCUUCAGAAGAAGAAAUCACUGAGGCAAAAAGCCUUUCAGAGGACUUUCUAAGUUCUGUGGAAGCAGAAGUUUCGAGACUCGAACAACUCAAAGCAAGCAAGAUGAAAGAACUCAUCUCGAAGAAAAGAACAGAACUGGAAGAGCUUCGCCUACGGGCUCAUUUGGUUAUAGAUUCUGAACUUAGUGCUAUUGAAUCUGGAGCUAUGGAUUCCUGCUCAGUCCUGGAACAGAUAAAAGAACGAAUCACGGCAGCCAAAGAGGAAGCUUUUAGCAGGAAGGAUAUCCUUGAAAGGGUAGAAAAAUGGUCGACAGCAUGCGAAGAGGAAGCAUGGCUUGAGGAAUAUGACAGGGAUGAGAACCGGUACAAUGCUGGAAGGGGUGCUCACCUGAUGCUGAAGCGUGCCGAAAAAGCUCGUGCGCUGGUUAUCAAGAUUCCAGCAAUGGUGGAUACUCUGACAGCCAAAGUCACACAAUGGGAGAAAGGAACGAGUAUGGGAUUCAUGUAUGACGGCGUGCGGCUUCUGUCGACGCUGGAAGAGUACGCCAAGAUCAGGCAAGAGAAAGAGGAAGCACGGAAGAGACAGAGGGAUCAGAAGAAACUCCAAGAGAAGUUCGUAGCUAAGCAGGAAGCCGUGUAUGGGUCGAAACCGAGCCCCUCGAAGCCUCAAAGUGGCAAGAAAGCGGCGAGGACGUUGUCUGGAGGCGCACACCGGCGGCUCUCAUUUGCUGGAAUACCAUCGCAGGUGCAUUCCGCUAAGUCCCCUCGGUCGGGGAAGAAGAUAGACGAUCUCGGGGCACUUUCUUGCUGUGCGAGAGGCCUGAAUCUAGCCGGCGUUCCGGUGAAGAAGCCGUCGUAUAAUAAUACCUUGCCGGCGCAACCAGUGGGCGCCCCCCGCAAACCUUUUUCUCCCAUUCCUAUCGAUAACAUUCCGUUGGCAUCGCCGAAGCCCGCUUCCUUUAGUGAGCUGGAAGAGAACAAGAUGCCGAAUGCAGCGGGCCUGACCUCAAAGAGUAGUACUCCGACGAAAGCAGCAGCGCCGAUGCACGUCUCUGCGCCGCCUGCAUCCACUGGCCUCUCCAACGCAGCUGCGGCGAAGAGAGUGGCGGCGGAGGAGACAGAGUAUUCGUUUGAGGAGAGGAGGCUUGCACUCCAUUUCAACAGAUGAAUUCUGAGCUGCAUCAUCAUCUGGGCUUGAUCUGGACCUGUGUAAAUUGUUCCCAUAAAUUCUACAAUAAAUAGCGUGCAAACCAUGAUUUUCUCUCAUGGUUCUCAUAUC